UAUAUUAUUGUGAACUUCUUUGGUGAGCAGGUUACGAUAGCCUAGCAUUUAACACCAGCAUGCACCUGUUUGACUGUUUGCGUUAACCCUGCCGAGCACAUUAGCGGUCAGGCUGGGCGCGAUGGGGAGACGGUAUCCUUAAAAAUGGGGGUGACCGAUGAUGACAAGAGCAGCUUUAACUCAGAUUAGUACUUUAAUGUUGAUUGCAAGUCUUGCAUUCAUAAAAGUAGGCCAACAAAUGAGAAAUUAGCCAUGAUAACCAUGUUUAAGCUCGCGCGAGCUAUGAGCUAGUGCGAGCUACGAGCGCGACAUUCUGAUAUCCGUUUGUUGUCAGUGCUCCAUGAAAACGGCUUUUACAGGGAAUCUGGCCGAAGAGGUUUUUAAUGUCGUCAUUGUCCAUCGUCGUUUUGUGCUUCUUCUUUUUUAACCAUCGGUUCAGGCACCGUUUAGGAACCGGUAUCUUUUUAAAAGUAGGCUACCGGUUUAGCACCGGUAUCGAAAAAGAAAAGAAAAAACGAUACCCAUCCCUGGGUAUGUCAUACGUUGACACUACAAUGAUAUGUGUAACACUUUGAGGUUCAUUUAGAUCUUGUAUUGUCUGAUUUGUUCUCUGUUUAGACGUUGUGGCCAAAGAGCUGUCGAAGUUGGCUGAGAGCAGCUUGGUUGGAUUUCCUAACCUCAUCAGAACAGCCCAGGUAUAAUCUGCUUUCCUUUAUUUGCAUACAUCGUUGAAUAUUUACCUGAUCAUUUUAUAUUUCCUUUAGAUGAAGAUUGAAGCCAUCAGAAAGGAGAAGGAGAUCGCAGCAGAGUCCAUGCUGAGGACUCAGUUUAAGAUGGAGCUGCUUGUUUACACUCAGGACAGCACGUACAGCAAGAAGUUAGGGAAGAGGAAGAGGGAAGAGAUGCAGAAUUAUACUUCGACUUCACCUUCAUACAGUCCGACUUCACCUUCAUGCAGUCCGACUUCUCUUCCAUUCAAUCGAAGCACUUUGAGCAAUGACAGCGGGGGCACCCUGAGAGAGAUGGUCAAACACCUGAAGACCUACUACAAAAUCGCCGGCCGGCGCCUCGCCGACCAGAUCCCGCUGGUGAUCCGCUACCAGGUGCUGCAGCAGUCUGUCAACCAGCUGCAGAGGGAGAUGCUGCAGAUGUUUCAAGACAAGAAGAUAACAGAGUGUCUCCUUCAAGAGGACCCUGGCAUAAAGAACCAGAGAAUCCACCUUCAGACUCGCCUCAAGCGGCUGUCAGCGGCACGCAAUCUGUUGACUGAAUUCAGUUUGAACACGUACAACUUCAACAAAGGCCGAAAGACAGAACCCAACGCAGGAAAGAACACAACAGCACAGCCACUCCCCCCCACACACAUCCCUGAGUGUAAAACGAAAAAAAAAAAAAAGUUUUAGGUUUAAUUGUGAGCGCCACAUGGUUCAUCGCCAUGACACCGUAGAUCUAAAGUGUACAUAGUGACAGGUCAAACACAACAUUGAAGUAAUAUUCUAUAAAUCGCUUUCUAACAGAAAGGAGAGAAUAAACAUAGAACUAUAUUUCAGUUUUUUUGCCUCCAACAUUCAGGAGGUUUAUCCAGAUGUAGUUUAUAAACGUAGAACCUUUUUCUAUCGCGUCGCAUUCCUUCGUUUCUUUGUCAGCAAGAGGUCCUCAAACGCCUCGUGAAGGCCUGCACAUGCCUGGUAGACCUCUAGAGCCACGAUGUAGUUUUUUUUCAGCUUGGUUCACAUUUAUUAUCUUCACCUUGGGUUUUAAGUUUAGAAUCAAAAUGUACCAUUUUGUCAUAAUGUUAUAUAACCGGAGUAUGUGAACAUGUCAUUGUGAUUCCUGAUAUGAAUGAUAAGACAUAUGUUUGUACAAGUGUUGUGAGAUCCGUGUUAUGGAAAUAAACUAUAAAUUCCACACAUGGGAAACACUA